CGUAAACGGUGGGGAUACACCAGCUCCAAACCGCUGUAACGACGCAUUUCAGCUGCUGCUGAGUCCACUCCGCGACCUCCCAGUCCUUCUGUUAUGUCCUUAAAUCAUAUCUUGAUUCUUGCAUGCCGUUGUAGCCAUGGCUGCCAUUGGAAAAGAAGCAACGAGCGGCCCCGAGCCCAACAUGCAAGGCCGCGACUGGGUGUCGCUGUUAGUGCGCCAUUCAACGGACCUGGGGCCCCACCUCGCCCACGGCGACGUCCUGCGCCUCCGCCUCGCAUGCUGCGCGCUACGGGAGCCCUACGGCCGCGCCGUGCUGACACUGCACGUGCGCUGCCCGCUCGACGCACCCGAGGCGGGGGCCGCCGCAGCCGGCCAGCCCCCGCCCCCGGCCCCCCGGGCCGCGUUUCCCUGCUCCCGCCACGUGCGCCUCCACGUGGACUUGCUGGCCCUGGAUCCAGGCGGGCUGCGGCUGCUGCGGGACGACAGGGUGCCGCGGCAGCGCCACGUCGCCGCCGCCGCCGCAGAAGUCCAGCACCGGCCGCAGACGGAGCCGCCCACGGGUGACGCCAUUCUUCAUGCUGCCGCCCGCGCACUGGCACAGGUCACGGGCGCCGCCAGCGGCCCCGAGGCAAGCGCCGGAGCUCAGGACGCGAUGCCGGCGCUUGGCGGCGCAGCGGGAUCAGCGGCGAUGGAUGUGAAGGCCGGCGGGCGCAGCGGGCGCAGCGCCGGUGCGGCGCUGGAGGGCCUGCACGUGUCGGCGCGGCUGCCGCUGCAGCUGCAGUACGGCGGCUCGGCACUGGACGCCCAUCGGGUUUGGGCCAUGAUGGAUGGGGUGGCGACCGGCCUGCAGUCCGCGCUGCAGCCGGCAGAGAACAGCGGCAACGGCAGCGGCGCCCAGCCCGGCGGCACCACAGCUGCAGCACACGCUCCAACGCCUCCCGCGCCACUCCCCUUGCCCUUCAGCAGCCUGACGCGGCUGCAGCUCGACUUCUGCGGCGGCGGCUCGGAUGACAUGAGGCGCGUUGCGCCGCCGCCGGCAGCCCUGACGGCAGCGCUGCUGCGGCUGCCGGCGCUGCGGCGUCUGGGGCUGUCGUGGAAACGCAUCGAGGCCGCACACCUGGUGGCGGUGGUGGCCAUGACGGGCCUCAGGUGCUUGUCGCUUGUGGAUGACUACGACUGCGGUGACGGCUGGCUGACCGCCUGCCACGCCAUGGCGGACGUGGCGGCGGCCUGCAUCAACGCAGCCGGCGAGCUGCUGCCGCCGCACAAGCCACACAGCAGCCUGCUCACGUCCACAGCGGCGGCGGCGGCGGCGGAGCCGCCGCACGCCGCCCGUGGAGCGGACGCUGGCGGCUCCGCCGCCGCCGCCACCGGCGCCGCCGCCCUUCCUGCGGGCGUGGUGCUGACGCCGACACAGCUCAGUGCGGUGCGGGCGGUGGAGUUGCAGGUGGUGGCGGCGCUGCCGCCAGAGCUCAUGCCGCCCGGCUGGCACCCGGCGCUGCUGGCGGCGCCGCGCUGGCUGCCGCGGCUGCGCGAGCUGCGGCUGUGCAGCCCCGCGGUCGCGCUCAUGGGCCCGCCACCCUGGGUGGGCGGGGACUUGUACGCGGGCAGCCGCACCACCCUGCAGGCCGCGUCUGGCGUCAUGGGCCUCGGGGGCGGCGCUGGGCAGGCGCCGGGGGCGUGGCAGCCCGCGGACGCUGUGGUACGGCAGCCGGUGGGCGCGCUGCGGGCGUUGGAGCGGCUGGAGCUAGGUGGGGCGAGGCCGGCGGCGCCGUGGCGGCGGGCCAAGGUAACGCCCGGCAAUGCGCUCCAGCACCUGGCGGCGGUAGAGACGGCAGCAGGGGCGGCGGCAGCGGCGACGGCAGGGCCUGUCAGCCGCCGAUGUCGCCGGGAUGGUGUUGAAAGCACAGACGAGGAUUCAGCGGAGCAGCACGGCAGCGACAGCGAGCAAGGCGGUACGGUGCACGCCGUGGCGGCGGCGCCGGCAGGGGCACACACACACGCGGCUGGGCUGCAGGUGCUGGCGUUUGAGGCCAGUCGCCUGUCGCCUGCGGACUGGGCGGCGCUGCGGCGGCUGACGCGGCUGCAGCAGCUGCGGAUCAACGGCUGGCAGCCGGGCGGCGCCACCGGGGUGCGGUUGUUCCUGUCUGUGGAUGACGACGAGCUGGGUGACGGCUGGGAGGAGGGGUGGGGCUCACACGGCCAGGCGCACAUGAGGCAGCAGGGGCAGGGGCAGCAGGCGGAGGAGCCGCAACCGCCGGCCGGGACCGCGGCGGCCGCGGCAGGCGGCAGUGGCGGGGGGCUGCUGAGCCUGCCGCGGCUGCAGCUGCUGAUGGUGGCACUGCGGCGGCCGCGGCGGGCGCUGCCGCUGCUGGUGGGCACGCUGCCGGCCCUCACCUCGCUGCACCUGUCCGUGCGGGACGACCGGCCGGAGGACCGCCGGCCCCCAGUCGUGGAGCAGGCGGUGUGCGGUCAGGCGGACAGACAGCGGCAGGAGCGCGGGCCGCAGCCGCAGCCGCCUGAGGGGCAUGAGGACGAGACCCCGGCGCAACGGCAGGAGGCGGUGGCGCUGGUGCGGCCGGCAGUGGCGCAAGAGAAGGCGCAGGAGGCGCGGAAGGAACGGGGGGAGCAGGCGCAGGCGGCCCAGGCACAAAGCCAGGAUGCACUGGCACAGGUGCGGGAGGCGCUGGAGCAGGCAACGCCGUACGGGCAGGAGCAGAAGGCACAAGCAGCGCAUGAGGCGCACGAAGCGCAAGAAGCGCAGGCACAGACGCAGACGCAGACGCAGCCACGGGCGCAGCCACAGGCGGGAGAGGCGCAAGCGCAACCACAGUCACUGGGUCAGGGGCAGGAACAGGCGCAGGGUGUUGACGGCGUUGCUGAAGGCGCAGGUGCCAGUGCCGAGGCUGGGGCAGAGGACCGAGCGGCCACGGACGCAGCCGAGGAGGACUGUCUGGCCUGCUGGCGGCCGCUGCUGCACUGCUCCAACCUGAGUGAGCUCAGUGUGCACGCCAGCCCCGCCGCCGCCAUGCCGCUGGGCUGCGGGACCGCAGGUGGAGCCGCCGCCGGCGGGCGCGUGGCGGCGGCGCUGGCGGCGGCGUGGCCCAAACUUCUGUCACUGCAGUACAGCGGGGAAGAGUACGACGGACUCGACGCCGCCACGGCGGCUGUACUCGCGGCCAGCGUCGAUGUACUGCCGGAACGCGGCGGCGGCCAAACCGAGGGCGACGCCUACCCGCCUGCUGCAGCAGUGGUGCAGGAGGAUGGGGUGGAGGCAACCCUAUGCGGCCGAGGGCCCGCACCCGCCCUCCCACUCACACUCACACCCACAGCCGUGCCCGCGCCCGCGCUCGCGCCUGGGCCCGCAGGCGGCUGUGCCGGAGCCUGGUUGGGGCUGCAGGUGUUGACAGUGGGCUCCACCACCCGGUCGCUGACGGCCACUGCGCCGCUGCCGCUGCACCUGGGCGAGCUGCCGCCGCGGCUGCGGGCGCUGUCGUUGCUGGGGCUGGAGCUGCGGUGGGGCCGGGGGCGGGCGGGAGCCGGAGCCGGAGGCAGGGGAGGCAGGCUGGUGGAGGAGGAGCAGGCGGAGGAGGAGGAGAAUGGCGGUGGCGCUGGCGGUGUUGGUGACGUAGGGGUACCUGUGGCGGUGCUGCCUGCCAGCUUGCAGCUGCUGUCACUCAAGUUCUGCAGCUGGCGGGUGCCGCACGUCAGUCUGUGGCGGGCGGUGGGCGGCUGCCGCGGCCUGUUGGAUCUGAGGUUGGCUUGGACGUCUGACGGCCCGCCCGGCGGCGCGGACGAGUCCCAGGCGGCGCCGCCCCAGGCCGCCAACACCACUAGCACCGCUACUGCCACCAUUAUUACCAACAGCACUGCUGCUGCUGCCGCCUUGGGGGUCCCAGCCCCUCUGCACGAGGAGGAGGAAGAGGGGGCGGAGGAGGGCGGCGCUGUGGAGCGGUGGCGCCAACUUGCCGCGGCCCUGCCGGGGCUGGAGAAGCUGGAUCUGUUGUGCUGGGAGGUGGCGGGCGGCGGCGGCGGCAAUCGCGAUGCAGCUGGUGACGGGGCCGGCGGCGGCAGCACCCCCGCAACCACCGCCACCGCAGCCCCAGAACCAGCAGCAGCCCCAGGACCAGGACCAGCAGCAGCAGCAGCAGCAGCAGCAGCAGCAGCAGCGACGGCAGGUGGCGCAGGGGCGGACCUUGCGGCAGCGCUGGCGGGUUGGGGCGCCUCGCCUCACGCGGGCCGGCUGCGGGACCUACGACUGGCGGCCACUGUGUCCCAGGGAUGGGGCGACGGCGUGUGCUGGCGGGCGGGUCUGGCGCAGCUCACGGGUCUGGUCAGCCUGGCCAUGUACGGCCUGAGCCCCCUGGCGGCGGCGCGCGCGGCGGCGGAGGCGCGGCAGGAGCUGCCUGGCUGCAGGUCUCUGCUGUUGGCUGUGGACAACAUUGACGAGCUGUACGCGCAGCUCAGCCGCACUGACGCCUUGCUGGAAGGACUGGUCGGCGAGGCGGCGGAGGCGGUCGCGGCGGCGGGGCCCGAGGCGGCGGCGGCGGCAGGUGCCGGGCCGGGAGUCGGGGCGGCAGGGCCGGCGGAUGAGGGGCCACAGGGGCCUGGUGGCCUGGGGGUGGCGGGGGCGGCGGGGCUGGGGGCGGGGCUCGGUGUGGUGGGUGAUGGUGGUGCCGGGGACGGCGGGGACGCUGUGGCGGCGGACGAGGACUUGGAUGCGGAUGUGGAAGAGGAUGCGGAUGACGGCUUGUUGGCAGAGCUGGCGCAGCUGGAGCUGGAGGUAGCUGCGGAGGACGAGCGGGCGGCGGCGGCGGCGGCAGGGGCGGCGGCGCCCGAGGACUUGCGACGCGCCGGGCAUUGAACGAUCUUGGUCGGUCCUACCCGUGGGGUCACGUCUUGUCAUUGGCAGGCGUCCCGGCACGGCCUCAUCGUGGCAAUGCGCUGUGUAAAC